AUUGUUUGCGGUCGCGUUGCAAGCAAGAAUUAUUGAAGACGAGUUAGGAUUUCGUCAUGUUAGAACAACUUGGCCUCAUCGGAACCAUCCAGGAUGAUGACCAGAGUCCGGAAGAAGCUGACACCGAGUCCGAACAGGAGGAGGAAGCCAUCGUCCUCAACCGCAAGAAGAAGUUCGGCAGCCAGAAGGCCGGCGCCGGGGACUUCAACGGCCACUUUGUGUUCGGGGAAAGCGACGCGCUGGACCGCGGGGACGACUGGGCCACGGCCGACGUCAUGAAGCAGCUCAAGAAGAAGAGAAGUCUCACCACUCUGGACCAGAAAAUCGAGAAAAUCCGUAAGAAGAGGAAAGCGGAGGAGAAAGCGUCCGCGGGCGAAGCCAGUUCGGCAGGGAACAAACGACCCGGCGAGGAGGAGGAGGAGAUGGUGGACGUCAACUCUCGUAAAGAUGAGGAAGAGGAUGAAGUGGACGAGUUUAAUUCUGACGACGAGCAGAUUCUCACCAAAGCAGACACGCUGCGGGAAAAGCGACAACGCGGCGGGAGGAAGAGGAAGGCGGACGAGGAGGAAGAGGCGCAGUCGUUCCACGAAGACGCGUCGCACUUUGACGACGAGCUCACCUUUGACGACAUGAACCUGUCCAGACCCAUCCUGAAGGCGAUCGCGGCGUUGGGCUUCAAGCAGCCCACCCCCAUCCAGAAGGCCUGCGUUCCCGUGGGGCUCCUGGGCCGAGACCUCUGCGCCUGCGCCGCCACCGGCACAGGAAAGACGGCCGCCUUCAUGUUGCCCGUGUUGGAGCGCUUGGUUUACAAGCCCAGAACAUCCCAGGUGACCCGGGUGCUGGUUCUGGUCCCCACCCGAGAGCUCGGCAUCCAAGUUCACUCGGUGGCGCGGCAGCUGGCCCAGUUCACCUCCAUCACCACGUGCCUGGCUGUCGGCGGCCUGGACCUGAAGUCUCAGGAGGCGGCGCUGAGGGCGGGCCCGGACGUCCUCAUCGCCACCCCGGGCCGACUCAUCGACCACCUCCACAACACGCCCAGCUUCGAACUCGCUCACAUUGAGAUCCUCAUCCUGGACGAAGCGGACAGGAUGCUGGACGAGUACUUUGAGGAACAGAUGAAGGAAAUCAUCCGGCUGUGUUCCUACAACCGGCAAACCAUGUUGUUCUCGGCCACCAUGACGGAAGAGGUGAAGGACCUGGCGGCCGUCUCGCUCAAGCGGCCCGUCCGGAUCUUCGUGAACAGCAACACGGACGUUGCCCCGUACCUGCGGCAGGAGUUCGUGCGCAUCCGCGCCAACCGCGAGGGCGACCGUGAGGCGGUGGUGGCGGCCCUUCUCACCAGAACCUUCCAGGACCACGUGAUGGUCUUCACGCAGACCAGGAAGCAAGCGCACAGACUGCACAUCCUGCUGGGUCUCGUGGGGCUCAAGGUCGGGGAGCUGCACGGGGAACUCAGUCAGAACCAGAGACUGGAGAACCUCAGGCGUUUUAAGGACGAGCAGAUCGACAUCCUGGUGGCGACGGACGUCGCGGCCAGAGGCCUGGACAUCGACGGCGUCAAAACGGUGAUCAACUUCACCAUGCCGUCCACGCCCAAGCACUACGUCCACCGCGUGGGCCGCACGGCCAGAGCGGGCCGCUCGGGUCGCUCGGUGUCGCUGGUGGGCGAGUCGGAGAGGAAGACGCUGAAGGAAGUGGUCAAGUCUGCCAAGAACGCCGUGAAGGCUCGCGUGCUUCCUCCAGAUGUCGUCCUCAAGUUCAGAGACCUCAUUUCCAAACUGGAAAAAGACGUGGAGGCCGUGCUGAGGCUGGAGAGGGAAGAGAGAGAGAUGGCGGCCUCCGAGGCCAAGUUGAGCGUGGCCCAGAAGCGCCUGAACGGCUCCGCCUCUGAGGAAACGCAAAGAGUUUGGUUCCAGACGCAGCAGGAGCGGAAGCGGAGUCGCGUGAACAAGGCCCUGCAGGACUUCGACUUGGCUCUGCGAGGGAAGAAGAAGCGAGACAAGUUUGUGAAGGACGGCAAGAAGAAGAAAGACAUGACGGCGGAGGAGCGCGCUCACUUCGAGAUCCUGAAGGCUCAGAUGUUCGCCGAGCGAGCCGCCAAGCGCGAGCGGCGACCCAAGAGAGCCCGGGCCAUGCCCGAGGACGAGCCCCCCCCGAAAGCCAAUCAGAAGGCAGGAAAAGGAGGCAAAUCGGGCCGCAAGUCUGCCUUCGACAGCGAGUUGACCGACGUCAGCGGCAAAGCCCUCAAACGCUUCAGGGCGGGCCCAUCCUUCAAAGACAGGAAACGCCUCGGCCAGGACAGGAAGCGCUCGGGAGGCUCCAGGUUGAAGAGGAAGUGAGCGGCUCCAAACCGGCGUCUGUCUGGUGAUUUUUGUCUCCGGAUGUGGAAAUGCUCCUUUUGAAAUAAAGUGCGAAGCGGCACAAGUAGCGAGCGUCAGCAUUGAUUGACUCGUUCGUUUUCCCCGACGUC